UUCACAUUUCACACAACACACUCUCCAAGUCUCUCUCCCUUUUACGAAACAAGACGGUCAAGAAAUAAAGUUGAGACUUGUUUAUAGAUUUGAAAACCGAGCUAAUUACACACCUUUGGAUUCCAAGCAGAGCUGCUUCUUUCAGCUUACACUCUUUGUCUUGUUACUCAUUUCAUUUCGUUUUGAUAUCUUUUAGAGAGCCAGAAGAAGAAGUGUAGAAAAAGAAGAAUCUACUGAGAGAAUAAGAAAAGUCUUGAGCUUUUGCAGUUUCUUAAUCAGAUGUCGAAGAACCAUUCAUCUGUGGAAGAGGAUGAAGCCAUGCCGCCAAUAUCGGAAGUAGUAAAGAGAUUCAAGCGUUUAAGGGUCGUGUUCGAGCCAUCUCUAGGAGUCUUGGGUUUCUUCUUGGUGGGUUUGUGUUUAGUCUUCAGCUUCUUCUACCUCGAUUACAGAACCGUGGCUAAUACUAAAAGCCGUGACUUUUCGGAUCAAUCGGAGAGAUUCCUUUGGCUCAAGGAGCUCGAUGGGUUUGUAGAGAACAACACCAAAGUUGGGUUUCUUGAAGAGAGUGGGAAUGCUUGUAAUGUGUUCGAUGGGAAAUGGGUUUGGGAUGAAUCGUAUCCGUUGUAUCAGUCCAAAGAUUGCACCUUUCUUGACGAUGGAUUCAGAUGCACUGAGUUUGGCAGACCUGAUUUGUUCUAUACUAAGUGGAGAUGGCAACCUAAUCAUUGUGAUUUGCCCAGAUUUGAUGCGAAGCUGAUGCUGGAGAAGCUAAGAAACAAGCGGCUAGUGUUUGUAGGAGACUCAAUCGGAAGAAACCAAUGGGAGUCUCUACUUUGUAUGCUAGCUUCUGCAAUCAGGAACAAGAACUUGGUUUACGAAGUGAACAAUAGACCCAUCACAAAGCACAUGGGCUUCUUUGUGUUCAGGUUUCAUGACUACAAUUGCACUGUUGAAUACUAUAGAGCACCGUUUUUGGUUCUCCAAAGCCGUUCACCUAAAGGAUCACCAGAAAAGGUUAAGACAACUCUUAAACUGGAGACUAUGGAUUGGACUGCUGACAAGUGGAGAGACGCUGAUAUUUUAGUGUUUAACACGGGUCAUUGGUGGAACUAUGAGAAAACUAUUCGCGGAGGUUGUUACUUCCAAGUAGGAGAAAAAGUGAAAAUGAGAAUGAAGAUAGAGCACGCACAUAAACGAGCAGUGAAGACUGUUGUGAAAUGGAUACAAGAAGAGGUUAAUCCAAACAAGACACAGGUCUUCUUUCGCUCAUUUGCCCCUGUGCAUUUCAGGGGAGGAGAUUGGAGAACAGGGGGAACAUGUCAUAUGGAGACACUGCCUGAUUUUGGAGCCACUCUGGUCCCAUCAGAGACAUGGGAACAUAUGAAGCUCCUUCAAGAUGUCUUGUCAUCAUCUCUUUACAACUCGAAAAGAUCAGAGACAGUUAAGCUAAAAGUGUUGAACAUAACAGCCAUGGCUGCUCAAAGAAACGAUGGCCAUCCAUCACUGUUCUACUUGGGGUCAGGUGGUCCUGCGCCGGUCCACAGGCAAGACUGCAGCCAUUGGUGUCUUCCCGGAGUUCCUGAUUCAUGGAAUGAGCUUCUUUAUGCAUAUAUUCUUAAGCACGAAGGCUAUAAAAGAUCAAACAGUGGCGAUACAGACAACUUUACAUAACAUCUUUGGUAAGCAGCUUGUUCCUGCUCACUAGAAGAGGCUGAGCUCAAGGUUUUAAACGGCUCAGAUUUUGAUUGGGUGAUUAGGUUGAAUGGGUGGGGAAUAUCAAAAAUGUAAUUACUACUUAGGUUAAGCAUCUUUGGUUGUAAAGAUAAAUCUCAUAUUAUUCUAUACAAUGAUUUUUGGACUA